UUGCCAUCAUCUUCGGGGCUGUUUGUCUGUGAUGGAAGUGGUAUCUUCGUUCUGGAAGACGCCCGAAAAGUUGUGGAUGUCAGGGUCUACCCUCACAGUGGGAACAGACGGAUAGACACUUGACGAACACUGGCGGGUUUUACCGCCGUCAGACGCUUUCUUGCGCACCCGUCUAAUGAAACCUGCAUGCCGGUGGCGAGUGAAGAUUAAGUCAAGAUCCCCCGGCCUACUCGAUAUCAGUAGACGGCACGGGGCUGCCGAGCUUGUGAAUGUCUCGGUUCAAGCAGCUUCACCAGCUGACAGAAACAAAGUCGAGAGCUAUGGCAGCGCGUAUCAUCGUGAUAUUCUACUAAUUACCCUCCUUCUUUCUGAGACAAACCUGUGCCUCUCGCUCGCCGCCUCGCCUGCGCGUUCUGCUGCCGACAUGUCUUUCCCUCACCACCGGGUUCCUCGCCGCACGGACAGAGGACUGGACGAACUGCAUCCGUGCCACCCGUCACCGACCGGACGGGUGAUGUCGACGGCAAGGCAAUGUCAAAGCAAUGUUAAUGCAUGCAGGCGGGUAGGUAGCCUGAGGCAAGCGCGAGAUCGCCGACCUCCCCCCCUAGCUCGCCCAGGGGGGACAGGACCGGACAGGGCAGAGGCACACACAACGAAAAACCAACCAACAAGGAGCCAAUUUGCCCAUCUCAACGGUCGAGCCGCCCGUCCGUCCGUCCGCCCUCCCGCCACCCUCUUCUCCUUCAGGCCCACCACCCACCAGCAAGCAGCAGCCUUAACCAGUUAGUUAGGCGAACAAGACGGCUACCAUGGAUUGGCAUCAUCCGAUCACCCAAAACCAGCACGCCGCGAAACCCUCCCCCCACACACCCCCUACAUA